UACCAAGCUCGCGCGGACGGAAGACGUGAUAUUGAUUACAGAUCCGACUCUGUAUAAAUUAAGUGCUAAUGUGAAGAGCCCUAGUCAUUGUAAACACAACUUUCAAUUUCAAUAGAAAGGAGGAAGUCAGUCAAUACGGGUGUCUGCGGCUAUGGAUUCGAUCAAGCCUUUAGCCCCGAGCCGCAGGGUUUCCAAGUCCAAACACAGGAAACAAUGGAAGAACAGAGAGAGGAGGGAAACGAUGGAACGAUUGAAAACAGAUAUGGUAGAGAUCGGUGAGGGACAAAAACGCAUAAGAGAAGGGCAACGAGAAAUAAGACAAAAGUUUGAAGAGAUAGAAUCUGAAUGCCGCAGCCUCAAAGAGGAGACGAUGAACAUAGCCAAGCAGAGUGAUUACAACCAAACCAGGAUCAACCUAAUGUUUAGCAUCUUGAAAGCCCGUGAAGACAACAACUUUGCCCAUGCUGAUCACCUUACUGGGCUCCUCCGCGAGGAAAUGGAAAAGCAGGAACAAGGGAAGGCAGGCCUGGUUGGCUGACUAAUGAUCAUGGAGAACAAGGAGCAGUUUGCCUUUGCAGUCACUCCUGAUAGUCUUUUCUUAUUAAAAUGAAAUCAUCAGUCCUAAAUCUAGAUAUGUAUUGGCAUUAGUCUUCCCUUAAUAUCUUUCUUCCUUUGAUGAAGUUUCCAUUUGAUAAAGGAUUUGCGUUCUCUGUUCCGAGUUGAA